GCCGGGCCGGGCCGGGCCGGGAUGGGGCAGCGCGAUCGGAUGUUCAAGGUGCUGGUGGUGGGGGACGCCACGGUGGGCAAGACCUCGCUGGUGCAGCGCUACGCCAACGACAGCUUCAACCGGCACUACAAAUCCACCGUGGGCGUGGAUUUUGCUCUGAAGGUGGUUCAGUGGUCGGAGUCGGAGACCGUUCGGCUGCAGCUCUGGGACAUUGCAGGGCAGGAGCGUUUCACGUCCAUGACCCGCCUGUACUACAGGGAGGCCUCGGCCUGUGUCAUCAUGUUUGAUGUCACCAACAGCAGCACCUUCAGCAACAGCCAGAAGUGGAAGCAGGACCUGGACAGCAAGCUGGUGCUGCCAGAUGGGAGCCCCGUGCCCUGCCUGCUGCUGGCCAACAAGUGUGACCUUUCCCCGUGGGCAGUGACCAGGGAGGAAAUCGACCGGUUCAGCAAAGAAAAUGGAUUUUCAGGGUGGGUGGAGACGUCUGUGAAGGAAAACAAAAACAUCAGCGAGUCCAUGAGGGUUCUGAUUGAGAAGAUGAUGUCCUCAUCUACAGGAGACGGCAGCUCCUGCUCUGCUGGCACUGGGGAUUACAUCAACAUCAAGGAGACCUCCCCUCCAGGCUGGGCCUGCUGCUGAGGCCGCUGACACUCCGUGCCUGGGCUCCUCAUCAUCAUCAUCAUCGUCAUCGUCAUGGUCACCUUUCCCUGGACUGUCCCUGGUUUGGGGUUUUUUCCUGUGAUUUUGAACCUUUUCAGUGGCUGUUUCCUCAGCACAGCCCUGCUGCAGUGCCUUGGAGUGAGGGAUGGAGGAAGAGGA